CUCAAUGCUUUUGUCUUCAUUUCAUUUUCUUUUUCUCUCUCUGUAAAACAUUUUUUCCCUUCUCUCUAGCGAAUUUUUCAAACCUAAAAAACUCUAGGGUUCUCUCACAUUUCGCGGUCUAAUUCCUCCAAGCCGCUCGCGAAUCACUUCAAGAAGAUCAUAUAGAUGGAUUCUCCAGCUUCUCUUCUAUCAAAUUGCGAUUGUUUCUCAGUGAGCCGUGGAGGGAUUUUUCUGGGUCAAUCAGUGGGGUUUUGAUCUGAUUUCUCGAUCAAAUAAAGGUUGUUUUGAAAUGGACAAGAGUAUUGUGGCUGUGGAUGAAAGUCAUAGGAGAAGUGAUUCUCUGGCUUCUGCAUCAAAGUCUUUGGGAUCACUAGUUCAAAUUAACUCAAUAGCUAUAGAUAUUAGUUGUGCUAUGGAAGAGAUUGAGUCACCAGCUCAUGAGCAUUUCUCAAUACGUGGGUUUGUAGCUGGAAUGAGGCAAAAAGAUAGGAAGAUGUGUUCGCUGUUUGCUUCAGAAGGUGAUGCUGUGGUGGAUAAUCUACCUCCAUUAUCUGUUCCCAGAUUCCGAUGGUGGCAGUGUACAAACUGUGUCCCAGAUAUUUCUGCUGAGAGACCCACACCAGAAAUGCCACUGAGAGACAGAAGUAAUGCUGGUACAAGUUCUUGUCUGAAUAUUGAUGGAGGAAAAGAUGGCUUGUUCUCGCAUAACAUACAAAAUACAGGUGAUGAGCACAGGUCAAGGGAUGCUGGGGAUGAGAAAGACAAUAGUCCAAGUAAUAAAAUUAUAAUUUAUAAUCCAUGGUGCACUGAGGGACAUAAAGCUACCACAUCCAUCAAAGAGAAAAAAAAUGUCGGGGAUAAUGAAGGUGGAAAUCCAUGUGAGUGUAGUAUAGAAGCUAAUCGAUUCCAGAUUAGAGAGAGACAUAAUGAUACUGCAGCUGAGAAUCCUUCUGCUACAGUUGAUGAGCCAGAAAAUGCUUCAUCAGGAAGCGAUGGUGCUUUUAGUGCAUUACCACAUAGGCGAAAACCGAAGUUGCGUUCUCUGGCCGAUAUAAUGGAGGAAGAAAAUAAUUCAACAAGUGAUCAUCCUCGAGUGAGAUCUACGUCAUCCAGUGGUAUGCAGGUCAAAUCGACUGAGAUGGAAGCUGAUUUAGAUCCUCAGCUUCAGUUUGAUGUUCCUACAGAUGUUGCAAAAGGUUCCAAAAGUCCUCAGAGGAAAAGAAAGGCUGCUGCUCUUGAAGAAGACAGAGGACCUUUGGAAAUGACUUAUGCAAUUGGUACAGCUAAAAGAUCGAAAGGCCCUAUCCCAGAGGCAGAGAAAACAUGUAGGAGAGUUGAAAUUUCUGAUUCAGAAUCAGAAAGGGAUGUGCCUACACGUUUGGAUUUGCGACUUAGUGCAAGGACUCAGCAGAUCAAGCCCAGGAAACAAAAAGCUCUUGAUAUGAGCAGAAAGACGAGGCAGAACAAUGUUGACAACAGAACAGUCACAAUUAGAGAGGUGCCCAAGAUAAAUUCUGGUCACUCUGCUACACAGAAACAUGCCAUUGCUGCCGAGACUGGUUUGGGUAGUACGGUACAUGUUCCUUCCACUCUGGGAGGAGAAACGGGACCAUAUUUCGGGAGCUUCCUAUCUGGACAACAAAUGGAUAGACUCUCCAAUCUGUCAAAGAGUAAGAGACCUGAAGUGGAAGCUGAUCAUAGUCCUUUAAUGCCUCCAAGCAAGAACAUCUUGGGAGAUUGCAAUAUCCAAGGAAAAGUGGCUCUAGACCUUUCACUCAGCAGCUACAUGGGAGCUGAAAUAAACUCCAACCACCAAGUAUCUUUUAGACAACCUAGGGGCAUUCCAGAUCUCAAUGAGUCAUUUACAGAAAAAACAUCUAUAGCGCAAGGGAAGCAAUUGCCAACUCUUCCUGAGAACAGGAGUUUGACUCUGCACAAAAAUAUGGAAAUGUCUGCGUCUUGCAGUAAAGAGAUGGCUAGAGAAGGCAAGAGACAAUUGGGAGUCUCUGAGCCGCAAGUUGUCCAAAACAUGGACAAUAACUUAGAACCUGGAGGAGCUCAAGAUGAUAUACCCAUGGAAAUAGUCGAGCUUUUGGCCAAGAAUCAACGUGAAAGGGCCCUUGGAAAUCCGAGGAAGCAUCUCCUGCCCGAGGAGAUUAAUAAUUCUAUUAGAGGGUCUCCUGCUGUCUAUGUGGACGGACGCCCUGGCAUGACAAAUUUUCCUUUCACCAACACAAGAAGUGGUGUAACUGUUGGUAGUGGCAAAACGGGAGUCGGGCAGGGAGUCCUAAAUUUCCACCAGGUAAAAAAUUGUCAGUUGGAUAUGGGCCAUCUGGACGAGAGCCAAUUCAGACUUUUCAGCUCAUUUACGUCGAGCCAACAGAGGAAAACACAGUACUCAGCCACAAAUUCGAUCGUCUCAGGGCCAAGGCCUAGUGAAGGAGCAGAUCUGUUAUGGCCUCCAAGGCGAAAAAAUGUUCCCUUUCAUCUGAGCAUUAACCAGAACCAUUCCAUUCAGCCUAAUGGCUUGGGCUUGCAUCCAUUCUCAGACCAACGCUACAAGGGAAAAACCAUCACUGAUACAAAGGUUGAUGGCAAAAAAUCUUUACGUGAUCAAUCUUCAGUCAAAGAGGGGAGAAUUGGGUCCAACCCCAAGUCUGUCGGAUCUUUAGAUGCUUAUUCCAAUGAUACAAUUCCAGCAAUGCAGUUGCUGUCUUUGAUGGACCGGGGAAUUGUAUCCGGCUCUUCAUUCAAAGUGGGCCCAAAUGGCUUUCUCGAUAAGACCUUCUCUCCCUGCAACCACCACCCACGGCUGAACCGAAAUGAAAACCAGAACGACCAGUUCAUUGGUGCAUCAUUCUUUUCACAAAGUAGCCAUACUAAAGACUUCCCUGGUUUGCUCAAUGGUGUUUGCUUUUCUGGUGAAAGCUUGAAGAAAUCUUAUUUACAAGGUCAAAUGCAUCCAGAGCAGGGGAACUCAAAAGCCGUCAACUUGGAGGGCCCCAGUAAUCUUGUAACUCGGCCAUCAAGGGGUAAUCAAUCAUUGGGUGUUUGCACUCUCAACCGAAACCCUGCUGAUUUCAGCAUUCCUGACGCAAGAAACGAGUUUACUAUAAGUGCAAAAGAUUUGAAAUCUAGGAGGAGGAAUGCUUUGAAAGAAAGAUCUCACCUUGUGAACAUGGAGAGCCAGAAGAGACAAAGGGCGAGAAAAGAUGCCUCGGGCAAAGAGUGUCCAAGAAAAUAGUCGACUUUUCCUUUGAGCUUAUGAGUUGUUUCUUAUCUGCAUCUUCCACCUCAUUUGCUCGUCUCCUAAUUUAAAACGUUCUGUCUGGUUUUUAUGCUUUGAGGGUGGAUGAUCGAGGGCAACAUUCAUCUUUUUCUUUGUACCGGGAUUUCUUUUAGCUGAUUUAUUUUCAGGAUUUCUUAAUAUAUGUACACAAACUCAGAUCACAUGUGGGAUUUGCAAUUAUCAUUUAUGUUGAGAUUAAUGAUAUGUGGAAAUAACUACAAAGUUGAUCUGGAGCCUAUGGAAUGGCAUAUGUAUGUUUUAGUCUCACUUAUUUGCAGCCAGCCGGUUUAUAAUAAUUUGAAGAGUAACUUCAAGGGCGUUUUUGUA